ACGGCUGAAAAAUGUGAGGCCAAAACCUAGGGACAAUACAGCGCUCCUCCAAGUGGAUAGUCGCACGGAUAUCUAGCGUUGCUUGAGUCUUUGAGGGGUACUCACUGGGGAGUUUAGCUCUCUAGGUACCGGGAGUCUACCGACUAUCAAGCGAGGGGGUGCGGUUAACGUCAACCCAGUGCGGUAUUGUCCCUGAGUGUUCCCAAAGUAAUUUCCAGACACCGCUUCACAUGGAAAUAUAAACAACUCCCUUCCCACAACAGAACCCUACUCCGACUUGCCUCUCGAUCAAUUCAACAUCGAACUUCACUCCUUCCCCAGAUACCAUCUCCGCUCUUCAAAAUGGCACCCACGAAACUCGAGACCGAGGACCAUACCCGCGAUGCGGCUUUCAACAAGGCCAUGCACAAGGGGUCCUCCGCUGCAAAGGGUGGGUUCAGUGCGAUGUUGAAGAAGGAUAAGGCGGCGCAAAAGGCUGCCGUUGACGAGUACUUCAAGCAUUGGGAUGACAAGUCUGCAAAGGACGAAACACCUGAGAUCAGAGAGGCCAGAAAAGCAGAAUACGCCACCCUCACAAGACACUACUACAAUCUCGGAACGGAUCUUUACGAAUAUGGUUGGGGCCAAUCUUUCCACUUCUGCAGGUUCGCAUACGGUGAACCCUUCUACCAGGCAAUUGCUCGUCAUGAACAUUACCUUGCGGCGAAGAUUGGUAUCAAGGAUGGAGACAAGGUUUUGGAUGUUGGAUGCGGUGUUGGUGGCCCUGCGAGAGAGAUCGCCAAAUUUACUGGCGCGCACAUCACUGGGUUGAAUAACAACGAUUACCAAAUCGAACGUGCUACGAGAUAUGCGCAGAAGGAGGGUCUUUCUCACCAGUUGGAUUUCGUAAAGGGUGAUUUCAUGCAAAUGUCCUUCCCUGAAAACUCUUUCGAUUGCGUAUACGCCAUCGAGGCAACUGUCCACGCUCCUUCGCUGGAGGGUGUUUACACCGAAAUAUUCAAGGUCCUCAAGCCAGGUGGUGUAUUUGGCGUUUACGAGUGGCUCAUGACCGAUAAAUAUGAUAACGACAACGAGCACCACCGCGAAAUCCGUCUUGGUAUCGAGAUUGGCGACGGAAUCUCUAAUAUGGUCAAGAUCUCCGAGGGCCUUGCAGCUAUCAAGGCCGCUGGGUUCGAGCUGGAGCUCCAUGAGGAUCUGGCUAAGCGACCAGAUGCCACACCGUGGUACUAUCCUCUUGCAGGGGACUUCAGCAUGAUGGGAUCAAUUUGGGAUUUCCCAACAAUUGCACGAAUGACCAAGUGGGGAAGAGGUAUCACUCACAGAUUCGUUGGUGUUCUGGAGAUGGUCGGUAUUGCACCAGGCGGAACACAGAAGACUGCCAACAGUAUGGCACUUGCGGCUGACUGUUUGGUUGCUGGUGGUAAGGAAGAUCUCUUCACACCCAUGUACUUGAUGGUCGCCAGGAAGCCUUUGAAGUAGAUGUUGUGUGGUGCGAUUGAGGGCAUGGGGAGAUCUAUGAUGGAGUAUUUGCUUCCGUUGUAACAGUACGUGUUAAUGUACCAUAGCCUCCAGAAUGGCGGUUCUUUUCUUUAUAUGUUCAUAUUGAAUCGAAGACUUUUUCGCAAGGAACUGGACGGGGGACAUAUACACUUAAUAGCAUAAUAAAGGUUGAGAGCGAAAGAAAUGGAAAAUCGUACAAAA